AUGGAGACGUACAACGGUCACGUUCGUACACCCACAGACGCCAUCAUUCUCUUCGAGGCUUGCCGCUUGGGCAUCUUGCCACGUGUCCAACGAAGAUUGUCCGAGAAAGAGAGGCAGUCGAUCAGAUCAGGCUCGGUGUUUGUAUGGGAUGAACGAGAAGCUGGAAUGAGGAGAUGGACCGAUGGAAAGAGUUGGAGUGCUAGUCGAGUGUCGGGGAGUUUCUUAACGUACCGAGAGAUGGAAGGAAAAAGAGGAGGAAAUUCAUUCGUCACCCCAGCUAAUCGAAGCACGAAAACCCCCGACAGCGGGAACGACGACCCAUCACAAAAUGGCGAGGGCGAAGAAGGCCCGGACGGAUACCGCUACAAGCCAGAUGGUCUCAUGAAACAAUCAUUCAGCAUCACGACAUCGCAAGGUCAGCAUUUGCAUCUCAUCAGCUACUAUUCCCGGUCGCACCCCACGGCCCAAGUAUUGCGACAACCCAGUACAGAUCCCAAUCUGGCUUCCAUCCAACCUGCCAAAGGCAUGUACCCGGAGUCGACCAUCAAUGAUCAAUCUUCGGUCCCGGCGGUAACGAGAUCGCCCAUGGUGGGAGCGCCUGGUUAUGUUGUGAGCCCUGGCGCUCCAGGAUAUCACAGACCGGCGCCUGCUCCUCCUCAUGCCUACAUCCCGCAUGGUUAUAUCCCUCAUCCCGCCUACAUUUAUCCCAUCAGCCCAAUUCACACUCCUCCGGGUCAUUACGCCCUGCAACCAUAUGCCACUCUUCAACCUGGUGUGCAUCCUCUCGCCUAUCCACCACCGCCCUACGCUCCCCCUCAUCCCCUUCCACUCAGCCAAGCCCCGCCGUCCACCUUUGACCAACGCCCUCUCCGAAAUACACAGUCAAGAUCUUCAAUGCCUUCACUACCCACUACCGGCUCCGGACAGGCUCCAUUGACGCCGUACAGCACCAGCCAGCCGCCUCCUCCGCCAUACCAGUCCAGCCCGGUGGCACCAGCAAAUGCUCCGGCUCCAGAAAAUGGCAGUGAAAAGGCGGCGACAAGUUUCCAGAUCGAUCCGAGAUUAACAGCCUCUCUGAAUGCAGGCGAGGCCCAAACGAGUGGUACACCACAAAAGCCGGAGGAAAGCCAGACUGAAUUUCGACCUUCCGAGGCGCCUCCUGCCAGUGCCAGCCAAGCGCCUACCAUUACGGCACUGGUCCACAGUAUUUCCACGAACUUACCCUCUACGGAGAAACCGCCGAAUGAAACAGAGGUAGACCGACAAGGUAGUACAAGUCCCGGCGGUACGAAGAAUGGAGCCCCCCCGCAAGACAUUCCCAGUGAGAAAUUGGGAUUCCGAGAGGACAAGAGAGCAUUGAGUAAGCUGGAUCGUGUGUUCGCCAGGGUCUAA